GGUGUGAUUUACAGUUGAGCUUCGAGAUUUCCUUCAGUGGGAGGGUCUGACCUGCCAUAUAAAGAGCAGUGUGCAACUGUGGCUCAGUGCAGAGGAAGUGUGAGACUUUGACAGGAAGUUGUUGAAUCGCUGAAGAUGUUGAGGAUAACUCUGUGGUUGUUUGUGGGAGUGUUUGUGUGGGAGUUUGUGUCCUGCUCCAUCACAUGUCCUGACGGGAAUGUGUGCUCCGAUUUCGCCACCUGCUGUAAGAUGAAGCAUGGAUAUAGCUGCUGCCCAUAUCCAAAAGCCGUGUGUUGCUCUGACUUGGCCCACUGCUGCCCUUCAGGCUUUCGUUGUGACCUGGUUACCAAUAUGUGCGAGAAGGAAAACCAGCCGUGGAUGAACAUACCAAUGGUGAAGAAGGAAGCUGCAGAGGAACCAAGCACACCUGUUCUACCUGUAUCUCCUCUCCAGGAGCUCGAAAUCAACCAUGUGACGGACCAAACAAAGAGUUCAGUUGUCUUUUGUGACAACUAUUACAUCUGUCCCGAUGGCACUACCUGCUGCAGACACCCAAGAGGCGUCUGGUUCUGUUGCCCAUACUCUCUAGGAAGGUGCUGUUUGGAUGGCUACCACUGUUGUCCAUACGGCUUCGACUGUGACCUCAGUUACACGCACUGUGUGAGGCAAGGCCUGAGAUAUCCCUUCACCCCGAAACAAGCUCUGUCCUCAUUCCCUGCCUCACUCAUUUCAACUUCAGAGGACAAAAGCAGCUUGCAAGAGACACCAAUGACAGCUCUAACAGAAGCCAGUGACGGCGAUCGGGAGGCUGGAGUCAUUCGCUGUGAUUCCAAGUUUUACUGCUCAAAAGGGACAACUUGCUGCAAAGGAUCCACAGGCCAGUGGAACUGCUGUCCCUACCCACUGGGCAAGUGUUGUGCAGAUGGUCGGCACUGCUGUCAGUAUGGAUAUACCUGCGACCCCACCUCCAUGUCAUGCAGAAGAUGGUAUUCUCAGAUCCCCUCAGGAACACAAGAUCGUGCCAAAACAUACUAAGGACAUGUUGAAGUUUGUGCACUGUGACACCUUUUUUUUGUAUUCCGUUCAAAUCAGUGCAUCACAGCCUCAGUUCAAUUAACACAUACUGGCCAGAAUUGGGAUCUGGCCUAGAUGACCGUUUAAAGAGUAAAUAAUGUGCUCAAAUGAUUUUUUUCUCUUAUCCAUACUGCAUUCUGUUGUCAACUUUCAGUUUCAGUAACCAGCUUAGCAAGAUUCACUGCAAAUGUUCUUAUCAGUUGGAGAGGUAUAGGUUAUGUUGAGAAUGUUUAACCUGGAAGGGUUUUUUUUAGAAGUAGACAAAUCUUGGAGAACGUUAUGUCAACCUCAAAUCAUGUCAUGUUUUUUUCUAAUGAAACAGAAAAUUGUAUACUUACAAAAGUGGAAAUUUUUAAAUACAAAAUAUGAAAAUGUGAGUAAAUUCUUUUUUCAUCUA